AAGUCAUAUUAUUAACAAUGUGUACACACAUGCACGAAGAAGAGGCCGACACGCAGAGAGGAUUAUCCACUUCUAAUUAGCCGAACGAAUAUAAUUAGAGAAUUGUUAAAGAAAAAGAUAUCGUUCAAUAUUCACAAAGCACCCCGAUAUAUAUAAUACAUGUGUGUUACAGGCUAUGCGUGCGUGUGUAUAUGCGUGGGGUUAUAUGCAUAUAUAAUACAUCUAUUUAAGAUAUUAGAGGGGACCAUGAUUCGUUUCAAAAAUUUUCCAGAGUUUUUUAAUGAAUUUUGCCAAUGUGUAAUUGCUAAGUAACACACACACACACACACAUAUAAAAGUGAUGAAUGUGGUGGUGAUGAUGAUGAUGAUCUUCAUGCAUCAUAGAUAUCAUAUCAUUCUAGUUAUAUAAAGAUAGAUAAGACAUAUGUCUAGAUAUAUAAAGAGACUCCUAUUUGAUAACAAGGAAGUAAAAGAGGUUCAUAGCUUUCUUAAACUAUGGUUUCCAAAUCAUUUUAUCCCCACUGGCCCCAAAUGAAACAUAUAAAUCCGUGUACAAUAUUUUGUAAGCCACUGAGAAUUUCACAAUUCCAUGAUGAUUUGCAUGCUUCAUGCACAUAAUGUCAUAACUUGUAUCUUACACAUAUACAUAUGCAAGAGUGUGCACAUGAAACAUAUAGAAACAAACAUAUAUGGACAAAGAAAGACAAGGGUCAUACCAGAUGACUCUUACAGAAUCCAACUUGAACCCAAAAAAAAACAAAAAGACGUAGAAAGUUGUUUCGAUCGCGAGUUAUCUACUUAAUGGAUGGUUAUGAAAUUAAUGGUGAUAAACAUACACCAUGCAUAUCAUGUCAUGCUUGCCAUCAUAUGCACAAAAUGCAACAUGCAUAAAUCAAACAUCAUGCAUACAUACAUACAUAUUUACACGCAUAGAGAGAUAGACUUAGAUAAAGGUGGAACUUAUAGAAGCAGCUAGAAGUUCAUAGCUAAAAGACAUCCUAUAUUAUAUAUAUACAUACAUAGGCACAUACACACACGCACACACACACACACAUAUAUAUAUAUAUAUAUAUUAUAUAUAUAAGGUAUAAAAGGGAGACAAAAGGGCUAAUAAGUUUCGUCGAGGGUCGUGAAGAAAAAAAGGAGAAUGACAGAUGAAGAUAGGUUACUUCCAAUAGCCAAUGUGGGGAGAAUAAUGAAGCAAAUCCUACCACCAAAUGCAAAAAUCUCAAAAGAAGCAAAGCAAACAGUGCAAGAAUGUGCAACUGAGUUCAUAAGCUUUGUUACCUGCGAAGCCUCUGACAAGUGCCACAAGGAGAAUCGAAAGACGGUGAACGGAGACGAUAUCUGCUGGGCUCUCAGCACUCUCGGCCUCGAUAACUAUGCCGAUGCCAUGGGAAGGUAUCUUCACAAUUACCGAGAAUCUGAACGGGAAAGAGCUGAACAAAACAGAACUGAUGACGAGGAACCGAACAGUAGAAGCGAGCUUCAGAACCAGCAGAUAGAGGGAGGGAGAGUCUUUGAGAAGGGAAGCAGCUCAUCACGCAACUAGU